UCCUUUGGUUUCCUGAUGACGUAGGCCAAUACGGAAGUUGUAUAUCAACAAACAAAUCCCGAUAUGUAAAAGGACCGCCACAAAGAAAGGCUAUAUUUAAACCUUUUUUAAGGGCGGGACAUGGCAGCAGCAGUAGCCGGGAGAGUCGACAGGGUUGCGGUGUGUCUGUGUGUCCUUUGCGGGUUACCUGCCGCUGGGAAGAGCACCCUGGCCAGCAGGAUUGUCUGUGCCGCCGCAGAACAGGGAUGGAGAGGAAUUGUGGUUCCGUAUGAUAACCUGAUUCCCGAGCAGGCAUUUAGGAUUAAAGAUGGAGAGGAAUUACAAGAUAUGCACACUGAAUGGAAGUCUCACAGACGAGCAGUGCUGCAGUGCAUCCAGCAGUUUUUGGAGAACCCUGGUGUGAGGAUGGAACUACAGAGCAGCUCUCUGAUCAACAACGCCGCAUGGGAACAAUGCAUUCAAUCUCAGCUGAUGUCUGAAAGUUUGGCGUCUGAUGGGGCCCCCUAUCUCUUUCUAUUAGACGACAACUUCUACUACCCAAGCAUGAGAUAUGAAGUGUUUCAGCUUGCAAGAAAGUAUUCGCUUGGUUUCUGCCAAGUGUAUCUGCAGUGUGACCUGGAAUCCUGCAUCCGCAGAAACCAAAUAAGGUCUCGGCCCAUUCCUGCUGAUGUGAUGCUGGAGAUGGCAAAGCGCUUGGAGCCUCCAAAUCCUGAGAAGAACUCAUGGGAGACGCAAAGUCUGUCAAUUUAUACUGCAAGCAACUUGUCGAAAAAUGACAUCCAGAGAGUAAUGGACUUGAUCUCUUCAGCUUUAAGUAACCCGUUAAGUGCAGCUGAAGAUAACACUGAACAAAAGGAAGCUGAUCGUCAAAAAUGUGCAUCUAGCGUCAUCCACCAGGUUGACCAGGCCUGUCGACGCCUCAUUUCUGAAGCCAUGAAGACUGCCAAAGAUCAUCAGAUUAUUUCUCGGCACAUGAGAUCAUUGGCCACACAGCUGAAUGAAUCCAAAGCAGCACUUCUCCACAAUCUGCGCCAACAGUUGCUUCAGGAAGCAAUUUUCCUUCAAGAAGAAGACCUCGAUGUAGACCUUGUCAAGAACAGAGCUGUCAGUAUUUUUAAAGAAAAUAAGAAAGAAAUCCUAGUCAAAUUUAUCAACAAUCAGAUGUAAUUUUUUAAGAAUUAAAUCACAUGGGAUUUGUGAUGCUCCUGACAAAUUUAAAUGAAUAAAAAAAAUGUGUUUGGUGUUUUUAUC